AUGACACGGAGAGACAAGUGUGAUGCCUGCAGGAAGGCCAAAAUCAAGUGUGAUGAGUCGUCGCCCCAAUGUUUCAACUGUGUUCGUCUGGGGAAAGCCUGUACUCGUGACCAGUAUACAAAGGCUCAGUUCAAAUUUGUCGAGGACGCCUCGAAUGCGCAAAGGGCUUUAUUGGGACAGAGGAAAUCCACCGUCGUUGUGAGACAUCGACGUGACACUGGACAGGCAAUCGGGCGAAGGGCAGCGAGACCGAUCGAAUCAGAACUGUCCCAAGCCGACCUCUUCUGGUCUCGCUCCGAAAGUUCUACGCUUCUCGCCAGAUGGGCGUUCUCGACCGAAAAUUAUAUCGAUCAUGUGGACAGCUAUGGCGGCUGGUCCACCUAUGUGCCUUGCUAUCUCGGGAGAAGUGAGGCAGUCAGCAAUGCUGCGCGCUGCUUCAUGGAAUGUAGACAAACUUUGGCGAAUCAAACCGAGACUAACCUUAGAGCUCUCGAGUUGUCUAACGUCGAUGCCGUGCGAAGUAUUCGACAGGCCCUAGAGACGAGAGGUUCGCCCCCUUGUAAAGGAGACAUUCUCCUAGCCGUCCAGCUGCUCUACGUCGUUGAAGUCAUGCUGACCCACAAUCCCUCCGCCUUCGUCAUCCAUGUUGAGGGCUUGAUAGCCCUUUUGAAAGCGCACAAGAAGCACCUGGGCGACCCAGAUGACCAGGAAGAACUGAUGAGCAGAAUUAUUUUUCAGUCGACAUUCGCCAGCGGGGCAAGAUCGUCAAAACACCUGCACCUUUCCAUGUUGCUGCAGAUAUGCUGA